ACAGGUAAAGCAUUUCCUUUAUUCAUUGUGAAUCGCUCACCCACCUGUUCACGGUGGAUAGAUAACAGAAUGGGAAAGCUUCAGGAAUUCGAAAUAACUCUUAAUAACAACAAAACGGCGUAUAGUCCCGGCGAAUCCCUCUCUGGAACUCUGAAAAUCUCAAUUACACAGCCCAUACCAUGUAAAGCAAUCAAAGUGAACUGCCAGGGCUUCUGUGGAGUGACCAGCAAAUCAAAUGACACUGACUGGACAGAGGAGGAGCAGUACUUCAGCAGCUCAGUCUCAAUAGCAGAUAAAGGCACUCUGAAAGAGGGCGAGCACAGUUUUCCCUUCAAGUUUCUCUUGCCAGCUGCUGCUCCAGCAUCAUUUGAAGGGCCUUAUGGACGGAUUAUAUACAGAGUUCGGGCUUUCAUAGAGACUCCUCGUUUUGCAAAAGACUACAAGAUAGAGAAGCCAUUCUCUAUGUUGUACACAGUCAACCUGAAUGAAGUACCUGGUAUACAGGAACCUAGCUCAUCUUCUGUAACCAAGAAUUUCUCAUACAUGCUUGUGAAGAAUGGGACAGUGGUGCUAAAUGCUGAGAGUGACAUGCGAGGAUAUAUCGCUGGACAGAUCAUUAAAGUGUCCGCUGAGAUUGAAAACAAAUCUGAGAAGUCAACAGGCCAUGUGGUUGCCAGUCUAAUGCAGAAAGUGACGUAUAAUACCAAGAAGCCGACAUAUGACUUGCGGACAGUAGCGGAGGUUGAAGGACCUGGAGUUAAGGGUGGAAAUAAAACUGUAUGGAAAGAGCAGAUAAUUGUGCCAACUCUUCAUCAGUCCUCCCUGACUGAUGGAAACCUCAUCCAUAUCUGCUACUACAUUCAGGUCUAUUUGAAAUACCCAGAAGUGUCAUUAACUCUGCCCAUUUACAUUGGAAAUGUCGCAGUGGAUCCCACUCUGCCUUCCUCCUCCCGGCCGGUUCCACCCAUGCCAGCCCCACGCAACAACCCUGCCCCUGUCCCUUCUCCCGCUGAAACAGCCCUUCCCAGUCUGCCACCACGCACAGCCCCAAAACCUGCACCCAAGCCUAGGCCUCGUAGCUGCUACGUAGCGUCCCCCAGUGCGCCUCCAGCGGAUCUGUACCCUGAACUCCCAGGUGUGGCUAACUACAACGGGGAAUUGACAAAGAGUCCACAGUUAGAGUCAGGUUCCCAGGCUGCAGUGUCCCCUAAUGCAUUCAGCUACGCUCCUGGACUCAGCUUCAGAAAGAGACAGAACGGCCUAUCAGCACUGCCAUUGAGUUCAUCCUCCAGCCCUCAAGACACAAACAGGAAUCAAAUGUCCUCUUCAGCAAGCUUGCCUCCAAACUAUAGUAGUUCAGCAUAUCCACAUGAACCUCCACCUUCUUAUGACGAUAGCUUCAAUACAUAGGAUGUUACCCAACCAAAGGAAGAAGGGAGAAAAACAUUGAACAUUCAUAACAAUCCUGUGACUUCAUAAUAAAUGCAGACCUCAAGCACCUUUGAACCAAAUGUGUAAAUAUACAAGUUCUGAUAUUAAACCUGGUGUAAUACUUCAGAUGUGGUUUAGCAGCUAUAAUGCCAAACAGUUGGACAAUUUUCUUUUCAAUUUUGUCAUUG